AUGGAGAGGCCCAAAAUAGGGGAUGAAGAAAAUUGUGUUUUGAAGGGAGAUAAUUCUAGUUCUAUUGCUACUUCAGGCAAUGUUAUAUAUGGCUCAAGUGGUGGUUCUACAACCCUAACCAGUGGUGUCAUAGAUCAACCCCCAGCAAAUGGGACAUGCGCUACUUUGGUGAAAAUUUAUGGGUACGAAUGUCAAGAACUCGAAGUGGUAACCGAUGAUGGAUAUAUACUUAGCGUGCAAAGAAUACCGGAAGGUCGUGUUGGUACCCGUGGCAAUGGUGAUAAAAAGAGGCAGCCAGUUCUAAUACAACAUGGGGUCCUUGUAGAUGGAAUGACAUGGCUUCAGAAUCAACCGGAACAAAAUUUACCAACCAUUUUAGCUGAUCAAGGGUUUGAUGUCUGGAUUUCUAACACCAGAGGCACCAAAUUUAGCAGUCGACACGCCUCUCUUCAACCCAGUCAACAGGAAUUUUGGAAUUGGUCAUGGGAUGAAUUGGCAAAAUUCGACCUUCCAGCACUCUUUGAUUACGUGUACAAUGAAACAAGACAGAAGAUACAUUACGUAGGUCAUUCUCAGGGAACUUUGGCAGCUAUGGUAGCAUUAUCGGAAGGAUUAUUGGUGGAGAAGAUUAAAUCAGCUGCUUUGUUGAGUCCUGUUGCUUACUUGAAAACCACAAGAUCAUUACUUACUGUUAUUUGCAGAGAAGCAAGUAUUGCUAAUUUAUUUGGAGAUUCUGCAUUUGAUCCUAAAACACAACUCCUCCCAUUUUUAAACUUGGGCAACACUCUAUGUGCUGCUUCCGGCACGAAUUGCUACGAAUUGUUGACUCCAAUAACUGGCCCCAACUGCUGCCUCAAUGGCUCCACUUAUCAUCUCUUUGCAAACAAUCAGCCUCAACCUACAGCAAUGAAGAACGUCCGGCACUUUGGACAAGCCAUUCGCAACGGGUUCCUGGCAAAAUACGACUAUGGAUCUUCUGAGGCUAAUAUGCAGCGCUAUGGAAAAGCGAAACCACCUGUUUAUAAUCUUUCUAAUAUCCCCAGUGACUUGCCUCUCUUCCUCAGCUAUGGACUGCGAGAUGGACUAUCUGAUGUUCAAGAUGUUAACCUCUUGCUUGACAUUCUCAAGCCCCAUCAUGAUGCUGACAAGCUCACUACUCAAUACAUCAAGGAGUAUGCUCAUAUGGAUUUCAUUUUUGGAGUAAAUGCUAAGGAUAUUGUGUACAAUCAAUCAGAGGGAUUCAAGGUUUGCUUUCGUGAAUAG